CAAGCAAAAACAGCUGACAACAGCAUACUUUCCCCAUUCCCCUGGCAAAUUCGAACGCCAUCCGCAAACAAUCCGGAACAGAGGCAUUUAAGGGGGACCAGGAGCGCAGUCACAUGGCGAGGCGAACCUGAGGAGAUGUACAAGUCCCUGCUCCGCACCGCUGCACUCCAGGCCAGGAUCCAGAUCAUCAGAAGCAGCCACACAAAAAAGACAAACGGAAAGCGCAAGCCAAAAUCGGAGGCGAUGGAGACGGGCUACGACUUCAACAGGCGGUGGACGCCAGUGGGAUAUCAGCCUAGAGUGCGAGCUCCCCCCAAGUCGUCCACCUUCAAGCUGGUCUCGUACAACAUCCUGGCCCAGGACCUUCUGCUGGAGCACCUCUUCCUCUACGUGGGCAUCCCACAGGAGUUUCUCAGCUGGCGUCGCCGCCAGCAGAAUCUUCAGCGGGAGCUGAUCAAACUGGAUCCAGACAUCCUGUGCCUGCAGGAGAUGCAGUUUGAUCACCUGGGACUGCUCGUUCAAGGCUUGCGCAUGGGUAACGGCAAACGACUGGCCUAUGUUUACAAAAAGAAGACUGGACAUCGCACGGACGGAUGCGCCAUUGUCUAUGACUCCUCAAAGUUCCAGUUGCUGGACCACCGAGCUGUCGAACUGCAUGACCAGGAGGUGGCUCUGCUCAAUCGCGAGAAUGUGGCCCUGUUUGCCAAGUUUCGUUUCAAAAAGAAGCAGGACGAGGAGAAGGAGUUCGUAGUGGCCACCACGCAUUUGUUGUACAACCCUAAAAGAGAUGAUGUGCGCUGCGCUCAGGUGGGCAGAAUACUAGAGGAGCUUCACUCAUUUUCUACGGACACACCUAUUGUCCUAACUGGUGACUUUAACAGUCUGAAGAACUCGUCUCCCAUUGAACUACUUAUCGAAAAGGGCGAUGAAGUGGAAUCAGAAGUUAAUCCUGCGCCUCUGCGCUUCGAGCUUAUCGAUCCCGGCGAGGGCACAGCCUCCACAUACCAGAACAACUGGAUCACUGUGGACUACAUCCUGCGCUCGCUUGGAUCACGGAGCAGGCACAAGCUUCUGCCCAUCAGCGUCUAUUCACUGCCAUCCAUCAACCGCUGCAGCAGCGUGGGUCAGAUCCCCAACCACUAUCUGGGUUCGGAUCACUACGCCCUGGGCGCCAUAUUCACAGUUGUCUAGUUGCUCAGUAUUUAAGUUUGUCGCUUUAUCCCGGACUCGUCAAUAAAGAUUGACCAUUUGGUUUUCAAAAAUUAACAACAAAAAACUCGCCAAAAGCGCAAUCCCUCAAGUUCCCUCAAAGUACUUUUUAAAUUUGUUUGUUCAAAAGAUUAAAGAAUUCUUAAAGUGAA